CGCAGCGGGGAGUUUUCGGGGUUAUUAUUUCAUCACGUUUGAAAAAUAAAACUAAGAAGGGGGGAGGCGCAGACUUUUACGCACGCUCAAAAAUCUCUCCGGACAGGCACGGAUCAAAUUGUAAACUGUCCUGUGGAAUAUACACGAUUAAGGAAACUUUUUAAAAAGCUGAUAACUGCGCUUUCUUCUGGUUUUCAAUCUAUUUUUUUUAAAUAUAGCUGUUUUGCCUCCAAGGACUGUUUUUGCUCUUUUGCGCAAUCUAGAAGAAGAAAAAAAAAGUCCAGAUUUAUGAUUUGGGGUAUGGCAACAGCCACGUCCAGCCCGUACCUUGCCAACAGCAGGAUUUUAACCGGCCCAGUCCACCAUUCCGACCGGAGAGGCGGGGGCAUGCAGCCUGCAAACGGUGCAGUCACCUCGGUGUCUUCCAGCGCGUUCAGAGGGGACCCCUCGGUCAAGAUGGUGCAGAGUGACUUCAUGCAAGGGGCCACCAUGGUGUCCAGCAACGGGGGGCACAUGCUAAGCCAUGCACAUCAGUGGGUCACCUCGCUGCCCCACGCAGCAGCCGCGGCGGCUGCAGCGGCGGCGGCUGCGGCCGCAGCAGCCGAAGUCGGGGCGGCUUGGCCGGCCAGCUCCCAGCCCCAGGAGACGAAGAGAGGCGGCGGGAGGGAGGACCUCCAUUCAGGCGCCGCUCUACACCAUCGCGGUUCCCAUUUAGGAAGCCAUCAAGCGCACCCUGGUGGCUGGGGGGGCUCCAUCAACAUUAGCGAGGGUCAGACUCCGCAACACCAGCACCAACAGCAGCAGAGCCUUGUUUACUCGCAACCCGCCGCCUUCACUGUCAACGGGAUGCUCAGCACCCAGAGCCUCAUGCACCCCGGUGCGCUCGUACGCGGGGACUCCCCAGAGUUGGACCACCCUCAUCACCACCACCACCACCCUCACCAUCACCAUCCUCAUCACCAGCACGCCCACCAUCACCACCAGCAUCACCACCACCAGCAUCAUCAUCAAGAAGCGCACUCGGAUGAGGACACGCCGACUUCUGAUGACUUGGAGCACUUCGCCAAGCAGUUCAAGCAGCGACGCAUCAAGCUGGGUUUCACGCAAGCCGACGUGGGUCUGGCCCUAGGCACACUGUACGGCAACGUAUUUUCGCAGACCACCAUCUGCCGAUUCGAGGCGCUGCAGCUAAGCUUCAAGAACAUGUGCAAGCUGAAACCGCUGCUAAAUAAGUGGCUGGAGGAAGCCGACUCCAGCACCGGGAGCCCGGCCAGCAUCGACAAGAUCGCCACGCAGGGGCGCAAAAGGAAGAAGCGCACGUCCAUAGAGGUAAGCGUCAAAGGCGCGCUGGAGAGCCACUUUCUCAAGUGCCCCAAGCCGUCUGCGCAGGAGAUCAACGGGCUGGCGGACACUCUGCAGCUGGAAAAGGAGGUGGUGCGCGUCUGGUUCUGCAAUCGCAGGCAGAAGGAGAAACGCAUGACGCCGCCCGGGCUCCCACGAAGCCCGGACAACGCGUACUCGCAGGUGGGCAGCAUGGGUGCAGACACGCCGCCACCCUCCAUAGACUGCAAGAGGAUGUACAGCGACACGUGAACGUGACACCAAACCAAGCGGACUUGUUUUUUUUCUUCGUUUUGUCUAACAUUAGACGAUUAAUAAUCAACUUUUGUUACAAUUCCCUGCGUAUCCUGUGUUCCACUCUUUGGCCUGUGUGUGUAUGAGUAAGUGCAUGUG